UACUAUGGACUAUGAAGUAUAAAUUGACAAGUGAUAAUUCUGAUCUGUCACCUGAGAAAAUAGAAGCCGGUUCUAGAUUCGAGAACUUUUAGAACUCAAUUGAUCUAUUUUGCGGUUCAAUUGAUUUAUUGUUGCAGAAGACAAUUUUAUACUAGUAUUUUGGGUGCUUGCGAGGACCAUGUCGUCGGUGGCGAAGUCGUUCGAGGCGCAUCAGGUGGUGCCUGAUGUGAUCGCCAAGGCGCCCGCUGCGUUGGCUACUGUAAAGUAUCCAAGCGGCGUGGAGGUGUCUGAAGGCAACGUGCUGACUCCCACCCAGGUGAAGGACAUCCCCAGCAUCUCCUGGGAUGCCGCCUCUGACCAGUUUUACACCGUGGCCAUGACUGACCCCGACGCGCCGUCUCGCAAGGACCCGAAGUUCCGCGAGUGGCACCACUGGCUGGUGGGCAACGUGCCCGGCUCCAACGUAGCGGGGGGCGAGACCCUCUCCGAGUACGUGGGCUCCGGCCCCCCGGAAGGCACCGGCCUCCACCGCUACGUGUUCCUGGUGUACAAGCAGCCCGGCAAACUGCAGUUCAAUGAGCAGAGACUUACUAACAGAUCUGGUGACAAUCGUGCCAUGUUCAAGAUCGCCGAGUUCGCCAAGAAGUACAACCUCGGAGAUCCCGUUGCGGGCAAUUUCUACCAAGCGGAAUAUGACGACUACGUCCCAAUACUUUACAAACAACUUGGCGCUUAAAAACAAUAACAUUGGAACAAUUUACAAACAUAGUUUUCUUGUAGCAACGUCAGUACGAGUUUGACCACAGACAAUAUAGUCAUAGAGUAAAAUCCAAGAUGGCGCCGCAUUUAAAGUGACUUAAAUCACAUUCCAGUUAUUGGACUGUCAAAACUGUAUCGCUACUCGCUAUUUUGAAAUUGUAGACUGCGGAAUGCUGGUAGAACCAGCCAUUGCAUUAAUAGAUUGUAAGUAAAAUUUUGUAACGGUUCAAAAUUGUUUUCUUUGAGAAAAUAAAUAUUGUGAUGAUGA